GGCGGUGUGGCCGCUGCGGCUGCGACGCAGACCGGAGCGACGCCGCCGGGCUUUGUGACGAAGUGUCGCCGGGCGCCAUGGCCGAGCCCCCGGCGUUUCUCUCCGCACAGGACGUGGGAUCAUUUGCAUAUCUCACAAUUAAAGACAGAACACCACAGAUCUUAACCAAGGCAAUUGAUACAUUGCAUCGCCACAGAAGUGAAUUUUUUGAAAAGCAUGGAGAGGAAGGUAUGGAAGCAGAAAAGAAAGCAAUUUCUCUUCUUUCUAAGUUACGGAAUGAAUUGCAAACAGAUAAGCCCAUCCUCCCCUUAGUGGAUGACUGUGCUGAUGCUGAUCUAUGGAAUAAGUACCUGGAAGAUCAGCAGAGUCUCUUGAGUGAGGGUGCUGGGAAAGCGCGCUGGUUCUACUCCCCGUGGCUCUUUGUGGAAUGCUACAUGUACCGCCGAAUUCACGAAGCGAUUAUCCAGAGCCCACCAAUCCAUGACUUUGAUGUAUUUAAAGAAAGCAAAGAAAGAAAUUUCUUUGAGUCACAGGAAUCUGUCAUUGCUCUAUGUACGCACUUGCAAGAGUCGCUGAGACCAGUGGAAGACCCAGAUGACGAUCAGCUGAAAAAGGAGUUUUUUAAACUUCUGCAGAUCUCGCUCUGGGGGAAUAAGUGUGACCUGUCUCUGUCGGGGGGAGAAAGUAGCUCCCAGAAGAUCAAUGUCAUAAGCGUUUUGGAAGACCUAAAGCCAUUCAUUUUAGUGAAUGAUAUGGAACAUCUUUGGUCAUUGCUUAGUAAAUGGAAGAACACAAGAGAAAAAGCGUCCACAGUUAGAGUGGAUAUUGUUCUGGAUAAUUCUGGCUUUGAACUUGUUACAGAUUUAGUAUUAGCUGACUUCUUGUUGACCUCUAACUUGGCCACUGAAAUUCAUUUUCAUGGAAAAACUAUUCCCUGGUUUGUUUCAGAUACUACUAUACAUGACUUUAACUGGAUAAUUGAACAAAUGAAACAGAGUAAUCACAAGUGGAUGUCCAAGUGUGGGGCUGAUUGGGAAAACUACAUUAAGACAGGUAGAUGGAUUUACAAAGAUCAUCUAUUUUGGACUCUGCCUCACCCAUUCUGUGCCAUGCCUGAGGUUGCCCCUGACUUAUAUGCUGAACUACAGAAGGUAUGCUUAGUUUUAUUCAAGGGUGAUUUGAAUUACAGGAAGUUGACAGGUGACAGAAAAUGGGAGUUUACAACCCCAUUUCACCAGGCUCUGCGUGGCUUCCACCCUGCACCCCUGUGCAGCAUCCGCACGCUGAAGGCUGAGAUUCAGGUCGGCCUGCGGCCUGGGCAGGCUGAGGAGCUCACAGCUUCCGAGCCUAACUGGCUGACCACUGGCAAGUUUGGCAUCUUUCAGUUUGAUGGUCCGCUCUGAAUCAGCUCAGGAGCUGCUCUUGUGUAGAAAGAUGUGAGAGCCCCUCCCACCCUGUCCAAGCAGGGCGUGGGUCUGUUCCCUUGGCUGGGGGAAGCCCAGUGUCACAGCUGUCAUUUGCUGGCCUCCACGGUGGUGGGGGGGGUUGUUUCCUUAGACAGACUGCUUGAAUAGAAUGUUUUAAGCCAGUUGCUCAUAUUUCUGUUGGAAUUUGUUACUAUCUCAAGAUAAGUGCCCAAUUUUAUAUAGUUUGAAUGCAUUUACUUUUAAUUGGGUAGAAUGCAAAAUGUAAAUGAGUUCUGCCUUAUUAGUUAGCUAACCUUGCUUUUUCCCUAAACAGUAGACUGCAUGGUAUUUAUUAUCUCAGGAAGCAAAGAAUCUUAUUUAACUUAAAUUUGGGCUCUUGAAAUAAUGGCUCAGUGAAAACAUACAUUUUGAUGACUCUUUGUAAAGAGGCAUUUCUGCAACUGUGAUGCUUGAAUACAUAAAAAAAUAAACUUACCUCAUAAGUGAAUUAUAACUUCUUGCACUAUAUUCCAUUUUAAUAACCUGUUUUAUUUGCAGACAUUUGUAUUUUUUUUUAAUAUUUUUUGUUCAUUUAUUUAUUUGAGAGUGAACAGACAGAGAGAGAAUGGGUGUGCCAGGGCCUCCAGCACUGCAAACGAACUCUAGACGCGUGCACCCCCUUGUGCAUCUGGCUAACGUGGGUCCUGGAGAAUCGAGCCUCGAACGGGGGUCUUUAGGCUUCACAAGCAAGUGCUUAACCGCCAAGCUAUCUCUCCAGCCCGACAUUUGUAUUUUGAUUGACAUGUGAAAUGAAUGUUAGGAAACAAAAAAUUGAAUAGUGAAAUAGUAUUUGAUGAAAUGUGUUAUCUUUUACAUACUAGAUAUGAUGGUAAGUGAGUUAUUACUGUGCAAGUAUUUUAAAUGAGCCAAUUUUUAGUUAGCAGUUUUAGAAAAUGUCAUAGAUAGAAAAGAUUAUUAUGCAUUGAAUUUAGAUACUGCCAAUCAUAAGUUUACUGUUUAUAUUAUACUUUUAUUGGUCAUUACCACAGUUAUUAAACACUAAAAAUUCAUGUCUGUUUUGAAACUGAAAUUGGAAAUAAACUUGGAAAUGUUUUCUUGCACUGGAAUAAUAAAAUGAAUUUUUACUGGAAAA